AUGUUGGCCCCCGUCCUGUCUCACAUAGCCAACACAUCUGCUCAACAACCUGCAGCAGAACUCAGGAGUGCUAGUGGGGAGGAGAGCAACGCCUUAAUGACCUCUACUAGGGAGAGACGCCCACCUGAACCGAGCACAUCUUCUGGCCAAACGACUCGACCAAAACACCGUGCUCCCUUUGCAGCCGAAUUGGAGGUGAUUGAUCAAAGAGCCCGGAGUUCAGGCCCCUCCAGACGGAAUGCAGCUCUUGAAACUGAUAGCGGGCGCAGAGAAAAUAGAGAGACUGAGCGUGAAACUCAACACACGCUAGGCUAUCGUGAUGAAAGCAGACAAAAUAAUUAUGGAGUUCAUGCUAACACCUUGCCAGAAGUGCAACGGGCAAAAUUAGCCACAUUUGAUGGAAAUGAGGACUGGGAGUCGUUUCUGAUGCCAUUCGAACGUCAAGCCAGGAAAUAUGGAUGGAGUGCCAUGGAACGAGUGGACAGAUUACAUGAGUGUUUGAGAGGAGCUGCAGUGCGCUAUGUUUGCUCACUACCAGAGCGUACGAGGGAAGAUUAUGUACUUCUGGUCGAGCAACUCACUCAACGCUUUGGGAAAAUAGAUCCUCCGACAACAAUAAGGAGGAAGCUUGGAGAGCUCCGACAAGGCAGAGAGACGUCAGCUGAAUUUGCUGAAGAGGUGCGACGGCUCAUCACACUCGCCUACCCAGGGGUCGAUCUGCAGCUGCAGGACCAGUUGGCCACUGAUGUUUUCCUCAAGGGCUUACGCAACCAAAAAGUUGCUUAUGAAGUAAUGAAUCGUGAUCCGGGUUCCCUUGUGGAAGCCCAGAAAUUUGUGGAGGCCCACGAACAUAACUUCAAAGCUACUGUGGGCCGCGACCCCGAAAUAAAGAACCGAGCAAGACGCGUUUCAUGGGUCGAUGAAGAAGAUACAUGUGAAGAUGUAUCAACAAUGUCCCGCCGAAUUCAAACCCCGCAGUAUGUUACCGUUGACCAGUUCACUGCUCUAAUGGACCAAAUGAAAGCCCUUGUUAACAAAGUGGAUCAUCUCCAGCUUCAAGUGGAAAAUCUCUCAUCUACAACUACAGGGCUUCAACAACCAAAAGCAUCCCAACAACCCAUAUCUGGAAUAAAACCGAACUACCAACUGCUGCAAUCCAAUAGAGGACGCUCUCAAACACCAAGCCCAAAUCGUGGAUCAGCAGGCCCAUGUUUCAGGUGUGGGGAAGCUGGACAUUUCAGAAAAGACUGUGUUAGGCCAUCCAGCCCAGCCCGUAACCACGGUGACAAACACCAAGACUUCCAGGUGCAGUCAGGUGACAGCUCAGUUGUGGACGACGAUUUCCAGCUACAAGGCCGGCAGAUUGGAUGCACCAAGAGGAGAGGUGAGAGUUUACAAAUUCCUCUAACCGUGAAUGGCAUUCCAACGCAAGCUGUGGCAGACACUGGUGCACAAACAACUGUGAUAUCAGAGGAGUUGUACCAAAGAAUACUGGAAAACAACACAACACCUGUCGAUCUACCUCAGACAUACCUACUGAGCGCAGGAGUCGGGGAUGGAAUGGAAGCUAAGCACGGACUCACAGUAACCUUUAAAAUUGGGUCCAAGUCUAUUGCCUGGGAGGUGCAUGUUGCUUCAAUAAGAGACUGCGUACUCCUUGGGUUGGAUCUGAUGAAAGCACAUGACGUUGUCAUCUAUACCCGUGGCAAAGUUUUCAUUGGUGGUGAACUUGUACCUUCAAAAAUUGUGCGUGAUGAUGUUCCAGUUAGAGUGUGCAAUUUCUCCACUGAAAAAACAGCACUACCAAGAGGAGUUUGCCUGGGGGUUCUCAUAGAAGCUUGUCCUGAAAUCCACCAUAGGCCAAAACAGGAUGCCGGAGAGGACGCACCAUCACUGGUGGUCGGAAGAGUGGCAACCAUCCCUGAAAUUCCAAGACAUCUUCAGAACCUAGUUGCUGCUACAAGUGAAGCUCUCAGUGAAGAUCAGCAACAACGGUUCACCCAAAUACUGCUCACUUACCAAUCCAUCUUUGCCAAAAAUGAUUCCGAACUUGGCUACCUGUCUGCCGUCACACACAAGAUAGACACCGGAUUAGCCAGACCUGUACGCCAGCCAGUGAGGAGAACCCCUCUUGGAUUUCAAGGUGAGGAGGAAAAACAUCUGAAGGCCAUGCUGGAAGCAGGUGUGAUCACGGCAUCAGCUUCUGAAUGGGCCUCCCCAGUAGUCUUGGUGCGUAAAAAAGAUGGAGGGGUGAGGUGGUGUGUGGACUACCGUGCCUUGAACAAUCUGACAGUCAAGGAUGCUUAUCCACUUCCCCAGAUUGAGGAAUGUCUCGAUGUCGUCGGUGGAGCUACUAUGUUCUCAACCCUUGACCUUCAGUCUGGCUACUGGCAGAUCUCGGUGGAUAGCAAAGACCGUGAAAAGACUGCAUUCAUAACCAAAUGGGGUCUCUAUGAAUAUACUCGUAUGCCAUUCGGAUUGUGUAAUGCGCCAAGUACAUUUCAGAGGGCAAUGGAAUAUGUCCUUAGAGGCCUUCAGUGGGAAACUCUUCUCAUUUAUCUGGAUGAUGUCAUUAUUAUUGGAAAUGGUGUUGAACAAAGUUUAGACCGGCUCGAGCAGGUUUUUCAGAGGUUCCAAAGCCAUGGGCUGAAACUGAAGCCAUCAAAAUGCCAUCUGCUUCAAGAAGAAGUUCUCUUCUUGGGUCACGUCGUGAGUGGAGGAGGAGUCCGACCAAACCCAGCUCUCAUCAAAGAUGUUCAACAAUGGAACCCUCCCAACAACGUUAAAGAGUUGCAAGUUUUUCUCGGACUAUGCAACUACUAUCGCAAGUUUGUUCCAAAUUUUGCAGAACUGGCAAGCCCCCUCCAUAACCUUCUCAAAAAAGAGACUGUGUUCCUAUGGACGGAUAAGCAUCAGUUUGCUUUCACACUGCUCAAACAAAGACUCACAACUGCACCCGUGUUAGGGUAUCCUCAUCCUGACGGCAAGUUUAUUCUUGAUACUGAUGCAUCGAGCAACAGUGUAGGAGCAGUCUUGUCUCAAAUCCAAUCGGGGAAGGAGCGAGUUUUGACUUACGCUAGUAGCCACCUUUCUCCAGCUCAACAACGGUACUGUGUUACUCGCCGCGAGUUACUUGCAGUUGUUCGUUUCACUCGUCAAUUUCGCCACUAUCUACUUGGAAGAAAAUUCCUACUUAGGACCGAUCAUGGUAGUCUCACUUGGCUUUUCCGUUUCAAAUGCCCGGAAGGACAACUGGCCCGUUGGCUUGAAGAGUUGAGCCAAUAUGACUUCCACAUUGAACACCGAGCUGGUAAACGCCAUGCUAAUGCAGACGCCAUGUCAAGGUUGCCAAGAGAAGAGGUGGACAAUUGUGACUGCUACCAGGCUGGAACAAACCUGUCAGAUCUGCCAUGCAAAGGAUGUGUAUACUGCCAAAGAAUUCACAAACAAUGGGCCAAAUUUGAAGAAGACGUUGAUUAUGUUGUUCCACUAGCUGUCAGGUGCAUUGAACCACAAAGUGACACAAUCAGCCAGGAGGCAUCAAUAGAAGACCAACUAUCUGAAACAAGCCCAGUGGCCAACUGGCUCGAGUCGUUUACUCCGGAGCAACUCGCAGCACUUCAGAAAGCAGACCCUGUGCUUAACAUCCUUUACAAUUGGAAGCAAACUGGGACACUGCCUUCUAAAGACGAGGUAAUGCUUGAGUGUCCUGCGGUGAGAAAGUUUUGGCUUUGUUGGCCCCAGGUCACACUGAGACAAGGAGUCCUUCACUAUUCCUGGGAGAGGAUUGGAGAACAGCAACCAGCCUAUCUACUCUUGGUUCCCGCAUCCAUGCAGAAAGAAAUCCUGCAGUUCUGCCACAAUCCUCCAUAUUCUGGUCACCUAGGAGAAGCCAAAACUCUUGAGCGUGUGCGUCAAAAUUAUCACUGGUAUGGCUUGAGUGGGGAUGUUCAUCUGUUUGUCAAGAGGUGUCCCCAUUGCAGUGCAUGCAAGAAUGCCGGACCAGCAAACAGAGCAAAGAUUCAAAGUUACCAAUGUGGAGCACCCCUAGAUCGGUUGCACCUUGACAUUCUCGGGCCAUUCCCUGUGUCAAACUCUGGUAACAGAUACAUUCUUGUCAUUAUCGAUCAGUUUACCAGAUGGGUCGAAGCCUUCCCUGUCCCUGACCAAGGUGCUGAAACGACAGCCAAGAAGCUUGUCUACGAGUUUAUUGCAAGGUUUGGAGCUCCACUUGAGCUACACACAGAUCAAGGUCGUAACUUCGAAAGUGCGCUGUUUCAAAAUGUGUGUAGACUUCUCCAGAUUACCAAAACCAGGAGCACACCGUAUCACCCAUCUUCUAACGGGCAAGUAGAACGCUUCAAUAGGACCUUGCUACAAAUGCUUCGGUGUUAUGUGAACCAGAGCCAGAAAAACUGGGAUGAGCAUUUGCCACUUCUCGCUGCAGCAUACCGCAGUUCCCGACACUCAGUGACUGGAUACACUCCCAAUAGACUAAUGCUUGGCAGGGAAACCCACCAACCUCAAGAUAUCCAAUCUGGUACUGCGAAGCUGAACACCGGUCCCAUGGAAGUGUCAGAUUUCCUGUACAAUCUGGAAGAAGGUUUGAAUGAAGUGCACAGCUUGGCGAGAGAGCACCUCCGCACUGCACAAGCACGGCAGAAAAAGAUGCAUGAUCUUAGAGCAAAAGAGCAUUCAUACAAUGUUGGAGACCUGGUAUUCCUUAAGGAUGACACCAAGAAGAAAGGAAUGAGCCCAAAACUUCAACCAAUUUGGAAAGGUCCCCUUAUUGUUGCUGCACGGCGAGGUCCUGUCCUGUAUGAGAUUCAAGGUCCCAAGCGGAGCAUCAUAAUACACCAUGACAGACUCAAGCCUUACAACAGUGACGUGAUACCAGUCUGGGUGUCGCGCCAAAGAAGCAUACUGCUGCAACGUCAAGAUACAGACAACCAGAUGAGUGAAGAGGACGUUCCCCUGGUGCCGGAAAUACUGAUGCAAGACAACUCAAACAAAGCGGCUGAGGACUCGAGUGAGCUGUCCAAAGGUUCGUGUGACGCAUCUACUCCCAGCGAUCCAGCAUGCCAGAUGACAAGACGAGGUGAUAUAGACUCAUUAGAAAAGACUGUUAGAACAUCCAGUGGUCGCGUUGUUAAUAGACCAAAAAGAUUCAAGUAUUAGCAAUGCAUAGCACUACGCUAAUGGUUCUAUUUGUUUCAGUUAAUGUUAUUCCACUGUUGAUAAUGUUGCAAUUUCAUAGUCCUUAGUUAUUCCUCUAUACACUGCCUGCGAUACUGAAGGGACUCAGUAUUCCUAGAGGGGGGGUAGUGUAGUGAAGUUGGGGUUAAUAAGCCUAUGGUAACCUUCUGUUAUUGUUUUGAUUUUUACGAGCCGCUUAUGGUCAUUGAACGCAGCCUCGGUAUAUAACUGGCUGGCAUCGCGAGACUCGUCGUUCGUUUUUCUGUUGUUGCACGGUUUUCACGGCUCGCUGCCCGGAUACGCUAAAACGCUGUCCGUGCCUGAGCUAGAAGCCAGCACAACGCAUACGAGAACCAUCAGUGACGUUGUACGCGACUAACCUGUGCUGAAGAGGAAUAAAAGUUGCAAGUGAGAUCCCUUUGUCGUGCGAAUCUGUUCACCCACGCCGCGCACAUCCGCCAUCACGGAAGGCGGCAGCACGACAAUAUAUAUAUAUAUAAUUUUUUUUUUUUUUUACAUAGCGAUUUGACAGUUGCCGUCAUAUUUUCAGAAUCAAAGCACCGUAUACCGGAACAGCAUUCCAGCCCUGAAUCUUAUACCGGAACUGCGUUCCUGACCGUUCCCGCCCACUUUCACCCCUGAUUAUAUAGCAUAUAAAGAAAUAACUUGUCACCCUCCGUUAAAUGUUUUCCACGCUUAUUGAAGAAAAUAAUUUUUUAAUUGCCCACACUGCAGGAGCUCCGAAGACAAUCGGUCAAUUCAUCAGCGUAGCCAAGCAUUGUUCACUAGCUGGUGUGACGUCAGCAAAGGGAGACCGUUGUAUGCACACAUACCAGCACAUACAACUCAGUAAACGAAUCACUAUCGGUUCACCUGGAUGUAUUGAACCGUUUCGGUUUUGCAUUUUCAAUUUGGUUGACUUACGUACUGUUUCCGUUUUAUUUUAAGACUUUUUUUUCCUCAGAAAAUUAAUGAUUAGUGCAAGCUAAGCGCUACGUGCAGAACCAACUGUGGGAGUUUCCACACAGACGCUGUUCUGCAAUUCCUUCCGAGACGUCCUACACAAUGCUCAGUGCGCUUGCGCAAGCAUCCGCACGCAUGCGCACAUGGGUUAAAAGCGGCGAGUACUUACUAUUUUUGUAUUACUUGCAAUACAGUGCCGAAGUAUGGGGCAAUAAUUACAAAACUUUGCGAUAUUCAGUAAAUGUACUGCAGAAAAGGGCAUUACGGAUCAUACACAAAGCUGGUUAUCAGGAUCAGACAAACACAUUUUUUCAUAAGUCAAAAUUGCUCAAGCUUUCGGAUAUCGUACAAUACCAAACAGCACAAAUAAUGUUCAAAGCUAUAAGAAAUGUAUUACCUCAGAAUAUUCAGCAGUUGUUUACAAACCACGAAAAAAGUUACAAUUUAUGGGGAUAUUGGGACUUCAAAGAACCCAGAUUUCGGACGACAAGGAAAAGUUUUUGCAUAUCAGUAUGUGGGGUGAGACUAGAUAAAGAUAUGAUUUUCAAAAAAUAUAAGGAUGAGGGAAAUAUGGAUAACAACUAGGGUGUU